CUACUUCACUCAUUCCCUCUUUAAUUUCGUCCACAUCAUCAGAGUGUUGGAACAAUUGCGUGAAGAACAUUAAUAAUAUUGAAUUAAAGUGAAGAAAUAAAUUGUUUUUAAAACGUUAAAUAUCAAGUUUAUCAAAUUCCACUAUAGAAUAAUAUUCAACAAUGCCAGCUCCAGCUUCACAGACGUCAGUCGGAUCAAAAUCUGCAGCUCCCCGUGGUGGUAGCAAUGCUCCAAGCUCAGGUGGAAAUCUGAAACAGCGAAAGACAACAACAACAACGGCAACUGCACCUCGUUCAAAUAGAACCGGAGCUGGAUCCGGAGGCAUGUGGAGAUUCUAUACAGAUGACAGCCCAGGAAUUAAAGUUGGACCAGUACCUGUUCUUGUUAUGUCUUUACUGUUCAUUGCAUCAGUCUUCAUGCUACAUAUUUGGGGAAAGUUCACCAAGGCUUAAAAUUUCUUAGUUUAAGCUUGAAUAUCCUCUCAUCUUUGUUCGGAGUUCAUUUUUUUAAUUUGAAACGUAUCUUUAUAUACCCCAAUACAGAAUGCAAUGAUGGUUGCUGUUUUCCUUGUUUAUUUUUUAUGAAUAAAUUAAAAAUAAAAGAAUAAAUGUCCAUUCCAUUUGAUAUCGUAUGGUAAUUCGGACUUAAAACAACUCAUAUAAUAAAAUGAAAUUAAGAAUUUUGCUUUACACUAUACAUUUUGAUUUUAGAAAGUUUAAAUUAUUUUUAAGAGUCUUUAACAGUUAUUUUGCUGAUUAAUUGAAUGAUUUUGAAUUUGCUGAAGAAGUUGCGCCUGUUGCAAUGCUUCUUGUUCCUGUGGAUUUUGUGAUG